AUGGAAGGUGCGAACAGUCAAACAGAUACAGAAUUUGACGAUAUUUCUUCAUUCUCAUCUGUCGAUUCAUACAAACCUGAACCAUUUACAGGUGUUGAAGAUGGUACUAAGAAAAACACUACAAACAACGAUUUAGUAAGAAAUGAUACUGUACUAAGUAAUAGACAUUCCGGUGAAUCUCAUAAUAUAGAUAGAACUGGAAGUCGAGAUCAUUCCGAUGUACAUUCAAAGGUAAGUAAUACUACAUUGAAAAAACUAGAUUCAAAUGCUGUAGAAAAAGUAGUAACACAUAACGCUCUUAAUGAUCAAUCUGAAACAGUGGAUUCAUUAAGGGCAAAAGGGUCUGAUUUAGAAAAAGCUGCUCUCCCUGAUAUUAACUCCCCACUUACACAUGCACCAGAUGAUUCAAAAUUUCCAGAAGAAUAUGCUAUUGAGACCAACACAGGUUUGGUAAAAAUGAAAACUAUAGAAACCUUGAAGAAAGAAGACACAAGAGUCUCUGGAGGAAGCACAAAGGAACAGGAAAAAAACGAAGCUGCUAGGAUGCAAGUCACCAUUGAAAAAAAUCGUAAAGAUAUUGAGAAAUAUCAGAAACAUAAGAAAGAAAAAGGUGUUAAAGGGUUCUUUCAUAGAAUGUUCGAUUAA